AUGGCUGAGUCAUUAAGUGAAGUAUCCAGCAGCAUGGAAGGUUUGGAAGAUGAGGGAAAGAAGAAAUCCAAGUUUAAAGCCUUUAAGAGCCUUUUUGGCAAGAAGAAGAAGAAAGAGCCAGAAGAUGUCCAGGAAGGGAGCGUGAUAACGCCAAGGCUUUCCAGUAGCAGUCUGAAGCCAGUUAUGGAAAUCAAAGUGCACAAAUCAAAGCCUAAGAGUAGCAUGGGAGCCAAGUCCAUAUCCCAUGACAGUGUCUUCUGUUUGGAAUCUGAGCCUAAAAAGUUGGCAAGCAAACCGUUCCUGUCUCCAGAUCCCCAGAGAAGCAGACCACAGGAGAGAUUUCCUAUUUCCAGAAGUCUGCCUAGAGUGACAGGAGCUGAAGUCCUUGGAGCUUUGAGUAAAUCUGUGGACUUCUGUGAUCCCAAAAGUGAACUCUGGGUCUCACACUCCAAGGUUGCUGAGAUCCCACCACCGUGCUCAGUCAGUGUCUCUUGCAGUGUUACCCAAGCUAAGAAAGACUUGAAGGACUUGGAAACAGACUUUGCCCGCGGCGAGAUAUCCAAGAGCUCCCCAAAGAAGUUUUCAGUAGACUGUUCAGCAACACGGAGCAAGGUGAAUUUUAGUUCUACUCUCAGGGAUAGGUUUGAGGGUGGCCACCCAUCAAAGGAGAACCUGGACUCAGAACUUAUGGCAAAACCGGAUGUGGCAGCACCUACACCUGUAACCUCAGUGCCAGCAGGAAGGGAGCAAAGAUGGAUGGCUCCUAGGGGCUCACCAGCCAGUCUAGACAAAAUGAGUGGCUUGGAAUUGUUCUCGGAGCUUGAUCUCUCACAGUUCUCUCAAAGCAGCUCUCAGCUGCUCUCAGGGUUCAGCACCCCAGCCACCUCACAAAGCUGCUUGGAUUCUUCAGCUGCGAAACACAAGAUAGCUUUAAACCCCCGGAAACAGAAGAGGAAGAAGACAGCUUCCUCGUCUGCCAAAGCAAAGCAGGAGGAGCAGCAUGCUUCACUGGCGACUAAAGAAAAGGCCAUAACCAAGACAAAACAUGCUGACCGGAAGGAGCCCAAAAGGGACAGAACAGGGCCUUCAGGCCAGGAGCAGAGCUACAAACCUGACUCUCAGGAUAAGAAGAAGACAAGAAAUCAGUCUCUAAGUACCGAUGCUGCCUCGAGUACAGGCCACUCGGCUUCAGGAUCCCAUCCAAGAAGACGCAGAAAAAGAAUCAAAAACGAGAUGGGUUUCGUAGAGAAAGGCCUUCUAAAAUCCAUGAAAGAACAUGACCAGGGUGGGAAAGCUGGCUCCUCACCUGCUGAAGAGUUGUCUGGUAGGGAACACUCUUUCUUGAAGUUUUAUCUGGAGAAGCAAAGCACAGAGCAGAACCCAACUGCAGAAGCAGCAGUUGCUACUCCUCAGAAGAUGCCUUCAGAUAAAGGGAAUGUGAAGGGGGAAAUGGCUGCUCCAGAUGUUGAAGCCCAAACGACACCAGCACCGCAGCCUACACCUAUACAUGUGGCAGAAUUCACGGUGAGCGGUCCACCCCUCAGCCGUAAAGAAGGGUUUCCUGAAGGCAAGAAGAAAAAGGAGAAAGCCAGUUCGUCGUCACGGAUAAGGCAACCAUCCACAAGCCAAGAAGGGGCCACUGUCUCGAGGACAGCGGAGGCCCAAGCGUGCACGCAUCCUUCUCAAGCCCAUAGAGAAGAGGGAGAAGCAUCCAGCCUUGGUUUGCAAAAGUUUCUACCAAGAAAGGAAUUAUCCUUGGAGAGCACACCUUACCACAAAGGGAGGCAUCCCAGAGGUGGCCUUCGGGCCUUUUCAGCCAGUGUUUCAAGCAUCACCACAAAAGAUGAUGUUUCUAUGCCCAGGUCGCCUCUUCCCCUCAGGAGGUGGCCCCCUGCAGGGGAAUUCUCCUCUGAUUCCUACAGUAGUUCAGAGUAUGAAAGCAGUUCUGAAGUGCAACUGGGCUCCACGCAUUCUUUCCAGAUUCUGUGGAACCCUCAAGAUGAUGAUGUCUUCUUCAAAGCAGGAAAUGUAGAUGCCGAACAGAGCAAGAUGGGGUGGCAGCAGCCUCUCGGCUAUUCCUCCCAGUCACUAAGAAAAUCCAGAGCUGGAGAAUCAGAAUCAGACAGUUCCUCAGACGAUCAGAGAAGCUACGAGAUGACAUCUGCCCAGUCCUUCCAGUCCUUGGACGAAUUUGAAGGAUGCUCAGAAUCAGCAAGUUUUAUCAUCGAUUCCGUCUUCGAAGAGAAGAGGAGAUAUUCCCAGGCCUUGCUGGAGUCUGAAGAAAAUGAAGUCUCCACAGAGUCAAGCAGUUACUUGGAGAAGUAUCACAGUUCUGAGGACAUGAGCAGCUCGGAGGAAGAGCAGCCUCCCAAACUUUCCAAGCAGGCCCUGGGUCAGUCCAGAGACCAUCAAAAAGUGUUUCCAGUUUCGAAGAGUACCUCAAAAGAGUCGAGUGGUUCUGCCAAGCCAGUGCAACCCGUAAACACUUCUCCACCCAUUGUGAGCCCUAGUACUCAGCUGCAACCCCCCAUUUUGGGGAAUCUUUCUGUAGCACAAAGCAGACCCGUGGAGUCAAUACCUCCCAGCCACACUGUCAGGUCAUGGAUGAGCCCUCAGUCUGAGCAUCAAGUGUUUGCAGAGGGCAUUGCUGCUGACUGGGACAUUUUUUCUCAGCCCCCAAUCAGACCAGUACUUGAGCAAGAUAUUUCUGCAGGCCCAGAGCUUGGCGCUUUUGAACAAUGUCUUGCUGCACAGUCUCCCAGAUACCCUUCUCAGCCUUCGGUGGGACCAACCAUCAAGAAAGAAGCUUCACUGGGUACAGAAAGUGCUGCAUUUGAGGGAAGCCAUUUUAUGGAGCCCCCACCUCCUCAGCAUCCUUCUCAACCCCCAUUGAAACCCUUCGCCCAGCACCAGGCUUCUGCAUUUGAAAGAGAUAUUUCUAUGGAUUCAAGGUUUCUGACACAAUCUUUCCAGCCAUGGAUGAAGCCUCAAGGGAAGCAAUCAUUUUCCGGUUUAGAGAGCACAGCUUUCGAAGGGAACUCUUCUAUAGAGCAUGCUCCCCCUUCCCUUCUCCAGCCUAUGAAGCAGCCUUAUCAAAAUGUGCCUUUAGAAUCCGAGGCUGGUGCGGCUAAGAUCAUUACCACGGGCCCACUGCACACCAAAUAUUCUACUCAUUCCUUACUAACUCCUCAAAGUCAACCAGUCGCAGAAAGUACCUCAGUAGAAGGUGCCUCUAUGGUGGAGCUACUGCCUCCUCAACCCUCAGUAAAGUCCAAAUUCCAACCACAGAUGACCCGAGAUCCAGUGCAUGCUUCCACUCAAGGGGGCAGCCCUAUGGAGUCAGCACCUGCUCAACAUAUCUUCCAAACACAGCCUGUCCCUAAAUUUAAGCAAGUUCCUACAGGUUCAGAUGGUCCUGAGGCCCAAGGGAUCAUGUCUGUACCACCAGGUUCUUCCAGAUGCCCUUCCCAGCUAUGGUUGACUCCUAACUUUGAGCAGAUACCUGUACUCCCUGGCAAUGUUCCUACUGCAUGGGCCAUUCCUUUUCAUCCACCAGCUCCCAGAAUGCCUUCCCAGCCCUUGAUGGGAUCAGUAGUCCGACAGUCAGCCUCCACAGGAUCCAUGAACACAUCUAUCCAACAAGUCGCUGUAGGGCCAUUGUCUCCUAGAAACCCUUUGCAGCCAUGGCCAACUUCUCCAUUUGAACAAAUCUCUGCACCCACAGACAAGGCUGCAAAAGCAGCAUGGAGCAUUCCUGUUGAUCCAGCAGCUCCCAGAGAGCUUUCUCAGCCCUUGAUGGGCUCAGUGGUCCAGCGGCCAGUCUCCACCGAAUUAGUGGGUAUUUCUGGGCCACAGAGCAGCUCUGUGGAGCUCAUGCCUUCUAGAUUCUCUUUCCAGUCAAGAGUAGAUCCAGAGACUUAUGCAGUAGAUGAGGGAGUUUCUCCAAUUAGGAAGCCUAGAAGAUAUCAUUCUCAACCCCCAAGAAGCACAGAAUUCAAGGAAGAAGUUUCCUCAGAUUCAUUGGGAGCUUCUGGAGAAUGGGGCAUUCCUAUCGAGCCAAUGCUUUCAAAAUAUGCUCCUCAUCCAUGGUUGGGUCCUGAGUCUGAGUGCCAAGCCUCCAGUCUAGAAGGUUUUUCCAAAGAGGGGGACAUUUAUAAGGAGGCAUGGCUUCCCAGAAAUCCUCCCCAAAGCAUUACAAAACAUCAAGUCCAGAAAACAUCCUCAAUGUGGGAGAGUCCCUUUUUUGAGGGAGGCAUUUCCUGGAAGCCACCGCCUCCCAAUGUUGCCGCCCCAUUCUUAAUGAGUUCUAAAGUUAAGGACACGCCCUCCAGUCUACAGAGUGCUGAAGGUCAAGACAGCUCUAAGAAACAACAGGGUAGAAGUGCUCCUUCCCACUCCUUUGUGAAAUUUAUGGCAGAUCAAAUCUUUGCAGAGAAUACUGCUGGGGAGACUGUCUUUUAUGGAAAACCUAUGCUUAAGAAUCGAAGCCGUCCUUCCAGAUCUUUGUUGAAGCCUAAACUGGAGGAGCAAGUGUUCUUACGUAACUGGGAUGAUGAGCCUAAGGAAGACACCACUUUGAAGAAGCUGCCCCCAAAGCAGCCUCCACAGUCGCCGAGAAGACCGAAAGAGUCCCAGGAAGUUCUGUCCUAUUCUAAGGGAGACCCUGCGAAGUGGAGCAGCUCUGCAGCGGACAGUUCUCAGCCCCUGGGAAAGCUUGAAUACAGGCAGAAAGUCUCCGCUUCUCUCAGUUUUCCCGAAGAGUGGAAGAGGUCUCAAGUCCAGCUGCCUUCCACACAGCCUUCUCAAGGCUUCGAUGUAGCUAGGUCGCAGCCACAGGUUUUAUCAACAGCUCCUGCAAAUGUUCCCGUGGAGUGGCGCAGUCUUGAGGGGCAUCGGCCUCCCGGUCAGUCUGCUCAGGCUUUAGUGAUGGCUGACUAUCAGCAGCAACAAGUUUACUUAAGUUCUGCCAGUGCUGCCACGGAAAAAACCACUUCUAGGAAGAAUACUGGCAGCCGGUUCAUGCCAAAAGGCCCGGAUUCUUCAAAGAAAACCAUGAAAAACACACAAGGCUAUGGGAACUUCAUUAAAAGCACCCCAACUUCUGUUACCAAACCUGGCAAGUUCACUUGGGUUCCUGCCCAGAAAGCAUUUGCUUCAACUGGUGCUUACACUAAGGAGGUAGUUCCUCAGCGUCGUGACGAAAAAGAGCGUUCGUUUCUCUCCACCUGCAAGUCUGAUGUUGAAAAUGUUUUCGGAGUGCGACUGCGGAAAACCUCCCAGAGGAGCGGGAUCCCAGAGCCUAUCGCGCCACUUGUCCCAGCAAGCAAAGAACAGACGAACAGAGGAACUCCCCAGGGCUACAGCGGAGGCCAUGAGAAGUUCAGCCAUGCACUUAGCUAUGCACAAAAGCAAGGAAACAGGCCCAGAUAUGAAGGCACUUUCAAGAAGCCAGCAGUUUUCAGACCUCCAGAAAAGACCUCUAGUUUGAAGUCAGAUUACACUGCAGAACCACCUUGGAUCAGUGUGGCAAAACAGAGGCAAAAGGGCUUUGUCUCCCACUUCUCUAAAAAACCCAGGACCAGAGCUGAAAUUAGGGCUGAGACCAAGGAGCAAAGAUAUGAGUCAAAAUAUGAUCCAGGCAUGGAGACUCCACGAAAGGAACAUGAACCUACAACUGAUAUCCCCUCAAGAAUGACUUUUUCCCCCAUUGUUCCCAGAGAGGAGACGUCAAGGCUGUUUAAGUCUACAAAAUCAGUUGUGUUUGAUGAUCAGAACAAGCUUCAUCCAUACACCAGGGAGAGAGACACCAGACGCUCUUCAAGUGUGCCACCCAAAGUUGCACCACCCAAGGAGCCUGUGUGGUUCUCAAUGGCCAAGAAGAAAGCCCAAGCAUGGAGCCAAAUGUCAGACAUCAUGCAAUAAACAGCUCCUGGGUGGAGCCUUAGCAUUUUCAGUAGUAAUUGCCAGUGGCUCUGGCAAUUCCAUACAACAGUUUUUCUAGGGCUAGUUUUGAUUAAGGAAAAUAACUUUAGAAAGAGCAAUUAACAUUUUUAAUUAUUUGAGUGAAAAACAUAUUACUAAUGUCUAACCCUCAGAAAGUGACUACCAAUAACCCCAAACCCAGCAUGUUCUCCAGAGAAGUUAGGCUAGAGAACUGCAAAAUCAUUAACUUCAGACAUUGUGCCUUAGAAGAAAGAAAAGAACUACAUUUUGCUUCAGCAACUUAAAAAUUGCCAUUCCUUUCAGCCAAAGAAUUUUAAUGGAAAGAUUCAGGUGAUUUAGCCCAGAUAAUGGACGUUCUUUCAACCAAGAAGAUGGCAAGUUCACUAAUUAGAUGUGUCUGGGUCCUCGGGAGAGCAUCCCUUCUCUCUGGCUCCAGGCUGAAG